CAACUUUUCGCCAUGGAUUUUCUCAAGGCACAAAUCCAAACCUGAAGCUUCCCAUUCAGUCUUUCGCACUCCGUUUACUUUCUAAACUACGCGCAAAAUCCAAAAAAUUCCAGCAAGCCUGCACAACUCUGUUCCAGACCUUUGACAGCGACCAAGCAUCUUCGCCCUCACUGUCUCGCAACCCUCCCAUCCACAUUUGCCCUUCCGGAGACCCCUGUAUCCGUCGCCAUCAUCGUCGCACGUUUUGCCGGGGCAAAAUAUCGCGAUAAGUUUUAGCUCGGAAGCUUCUUUCUCAACACAGCCCCCGACUGCUGCUUCGCGUUUGCCAAUCGGCCUUCACGAGCAACAGCAUUCGAAAUGCCCUCCCAACUCCCAUCGAGCUUCGCAUCAGCGGCCGCUGGCCAAUCGAGCCGCGAUUCUAGAGGCGGGCGUGACGGUCGCGGAGGUGGCAGCGGAGAGUGGUCUCGGCGUGAUGGUCGGUCGACCAACGGCACCAUGACCUUCCGCCGCUCAUCAACCACUCCUUUCAACAACCAGUCCACGUCGCAGCCACCCCCGCCAGCCGACGGCCCCGCACCCCAGGCACAGCCCACCCCGGCCGACGCCGUUCCUUUCGACGGAUCUCUCCGGUAUACUAAGGAGCAACUACUAGAGAUCUACAAGGUGUCUGAUACAGGUACUGCCGCCAACGUGGAGAGCUUGUUUGUCGCUGGCUGGACCCCAGCGCCUGUCAGCGGGAGCGCGGCCAGGAACUGGGGAAAGGGCAACGAGAGCCAUGUUCCCCAAGACCCCAGCGUAUGCUGGGACACCAGCGGCACGGUCAAGCCUAUCGGUUUGCAGGAUAUGUCGGCUGAGGAGAAGGAGCUGUUCAACUCCGAUGUCAACUCCACAAUAAAGCCGCCACAGCAAAACAAGGACGGGCCCCAUCAGGGGGGAGGCCUCAACGGACGCAAGGCAUCCGUCUCUCAUGGCAGCGCCUUUGUGACCUCGUCCCCCUCGACCGCAUCGCGACCGGGAACUCGACGCCGAGAGACUGGCGACGCGAGCCCAUUCCCCGUCGACGGUCUUGUCUCGCCGACCGGAAAUCGAUUCGCGCGCGGCGACUCGUCGUCAUGGUUUGGUCGCCGGAGCCUCGAGGAAAAGGAGGACACGUUCGAGGAACCGGCGGAGGAUCUGUCGGCUAUCAAUCGAGAGGCACCCCCUUCGCGAUCGACCGGAUUUGGGGCGCUUUCGCGCUCCAACACCGCCGGCACAACCGGCUCGGGCGCGUCUGGGUUUGCAAAUUUGUGGGGUGCGCCCUCUGCGCCCGCGGCAGGUCCAUCUGCCAUGGGUAGCUUUGGCAACUUUUCGAUGACGGCCUCUGCGAUUGGCGACAAACGCUUCACGGGCGCACGAGAGAGCCGUCUCGCGCACCUGAUACCCAAGGAUAACGCUGCCUCCCCCGUGGAUGGCUCUUCUUUUCCUCCAAAGGGAAACGAGGCCGCAGCAGCCGAGCCCGGCCGAUCCUGGCGCCCGCGUCCUCGGACCGACACUGACCCGUUUGGAGAAGACAGCGGUAACCUCGGCUCCCUUCGCGAGGGCACUAGCCCGUCCCCUCAGCAGGUGGGGGGCCCGCGCGGAACCAUCUUCGAAACCCCCGUGAAGGGCUCGGCGGGUGACUUCGGGAUGUCGGGUCUGAACCUUGGUGGACAGAAGGAGGAAACGGGCACCCCCGAGACGAACCCCUACCGUAGCCCACCUGCCGAACGCGGAGACGAUGAAGCGGGUGGCGGCGAUUUUGGCCCAGGACAUACUCAUGGCCAAGGCGCGGAUCAGCCCUCGGGGUUUGGCGCGAUCGCCCGCGGAUUCGCUGCAGCAAAUAUCGAGGGAAGUGCAGGUGAUCGCAGCCAAACUUCGAGUGUUGGGGCGAACAAGGGCUUCCAUCCCCUCAAUACCCUGACGGGCUGGCCUUCUGGACUAACCUCGGGCACUCCUGACCGAGAGCGCUCCGGCUUCCCGAACCCGUUUGGCAACUCCAUCUUCAGCCCCGACAUUCAGUCUCCCGCAGGUGGGUUGUCAGGCAUAGGCAACGUCUUUAGUCCCGCCAGCGCGGGUGGCUCGCUCCGUGGGGGCUCCAAGCUUGGAUCACUAUUUCCUGCCGCCAUGCAGGCGCAGAUGCAGGUGCCUGACCACGAGGGGCUCGCCGAUCCUCUUGCGGAUUUCCGGCAGGUGAACCCUUUGGGCGCCAUUGGCCGCAGUGCUACCGGCCCCCAGCCCCGGGAGACGGACAGUCCACUGCGUGGUGGCCGCUCCGGCAUGUUUGAGGAGCUCUUCCCAACAUCUGAUGCGGCCCGGGCCCAAGGCCUAUUCUCCACAGCCGAGCCUUCCCAGGGUCUGACGUCCACCAGCCAGUCGCAGCCCUUCGCCGCUGUCACAUCAACCCCGUCGUUCCCUGGUAUGCAUGCCCAGAGCGACACUCCCCCUUCGCAAACCCAAGCGCGGACAAUGGUAAUGCCCGAUCGUAUGAGGUGGGUGUACCUAGAUCCCCAGGGAAGCACUCAAGGGCCUUUCACUGGCUUGGAGAUGAAUGAUUGGUACAAGGCCAACUUCUUCACCCCUGACCUCAGAGUCAAGCGGAUUGAAGACGACGACUUCGAGCCACUGGGCCAGCUCAUCCGUCGCAUCGGCAACUCCCGCGAGCCAUUCCUCGUGCCUCAGAUUGGCGUCGCCCAUGGGCCGCCGUCGCAGGCUGGUCCCUUCUCGCAAGGUGACGCCCGCGGGGUCAUUCCUCCCCUUGUGGGUGCGUUCCCGAGUUUCGGACGCACACUCACAGCCGAGGAACAGAACAAUCUGGAGCGGCGCAAGCAGGAGGAGCAAUUCUUGAUGCACCGCCAGCGCGAGUUUAUGGCCCAGCAGCAACAGGUGUUUACCAAGAUGGCAAUGCAGGGUGGUGCUCCAGGCGUCCUCCACCAUCACUCGAGCGCUCACAGCCUGCAGAGUCAGCCUAGCUUCAGCAGCAUGACGUCCCCCAUUGGCAUGCCUCCUCAAGCGACCAUCGGCACCAUUGGAGCCCCAGCCGUCGGACCCUCCUAUUUCGAUGGCACCACCCAGGGCCUCCCGCAGUCGGGUCUCACCGCUGCCCCGACGGAUAUCUUUCAAAAUGAUUUGAACGUCCAGGAGCGCCAGAUGCUCGUGAACCUUCAAGGUGGCGCCGGUGUGCUCCCCAACAUCCUCCAGUCUCAGCGCCUGGCUGCCGGCAAUGUCACCUCUGCCCCCAGUAACCCUUCCCUGGACGCCAGCCUUCGCAGCCAGCUCCCUGGUGUUGAUCAGCUCCAGCAGGACUCCCAGGGCUUUAGCGCUAGGCUGAAAGAGUUCCAGGAAAUUCGCGCCCAGAGAGAUGCCGAAGAGUCUGGGGAGCCCGCAGCAGCUACUGCGAAGCCCAUUUCGCCCGAUGAGGCUACUGCCGAGGAGACCGCAACCAAGGCAUCGGCCCCGCAAGACGCGGCGCAGAUCGCUGAAGAGGUUGCUAAAGCCCAACAGGAUCAGAACAAGAAGGCCGCGGCUCAGGCGCAGGCUAUGCUUUCCCUUACGCAGCAGGUUCAGAAGACACAAGCCGCUGCUGCCAAGCAGGCCCAGCCACUUGAAAGCGGCAUUUUGAUGCCAUUCCCACCCCCUGCUGGCGCGCCGCUUGCUGCACCAACCGCCCAGAGGACCCGUUCAACACUGCCGGAUCAGUUUGCUGUCAGCCGCUCCCACUCGGGCACUCCCGAGAGCGCUACUCAGACGGCCCCACCGCUUGCUCCUUGGGCCCGCGCCGAGCCCGAGCAGCAGAAGGGACCCAACUUCCGUGAGAUCCAAGAGGCCGAGGCAAAGAAGUCCGCUCGCGCCGAGAUUGCUGCCGCUGCCGCCCGCCGCGCGGUACUUGAGCAGGAGGCUGCUCUCGCCCGCGAGCGCGAAAAGACGGCCGUGAGUGGCGCUGCUCCCAUUCUUCCGACCUCGAGCACAUGGGGCAGCGGCUCUCCCGUAACCCCUUCAGCUUCUGCCAGCGCCUGGGCUAAACCUGCCGCCGGUGGAGCCAAGGGCGGCAACGCUACUCCCAUCACGGGGCCUACGGCCGCUGCGACCAAUGCUGAGAGGAAGAAGACCCUGGCCGAGAUUCAGCGCGAGGAGGAGGUUCGUAAGCAACGUCUCGCCAAGGCCCAGGAGCAGGCCGCCGCCGCCACCGCGGCGGCUAUCAUCAACAACAACAAUAUGGGCAAGCGCUAUGCCGAUUUGGCCAGCAAGGUUGGCCAGCCUGGCGGAGCCCCGGUGAGCGCUGCGGCUGCCGUUGCGGGCGGACCCCCGGGCGCUGGCUGGGCAACGGUUGGCGCGGGUGGAAAGGUCAAGGUGCCCACUGGUCCUUCGGGGCAGCAGCAGGCCGUCCGUACUGCCAGCUCUGGGGCCGCCAAGCCUGCUACCACUGUGGUGGCCACCAAACCUGUCCUCUCUCGACCCAGCGUGACGCCUGCCGCUAAGCCUGAUACACUCGGUGCUGCCAUGGAAGAGUUCAACAAGUGGCUUCGCCGUGAGCUGGGCCGCGGCAUCGCCAGCGGAAUUGACAUCGAUACCUUUGCCUCGACAUUGCUUGUACUCCCGCUCGACCAAACACUCAUCUCCGAUGCGGUGUAUGCCAGCUCCACGACCAUGGACGGCCGCCACUUCGCCGAGGAGUUUGUUCGGCGCAAGAAGCUUGCCGACAAGGGGGUGGUAGAGAAGCAGCCCGCGGGCGGUCGCGGCGGUGCCAGUGGCCCUGGAGCUUCGUCGGCUACCAACUCUGAUAAGGGCUGGAGUGAGGUCGCCAAGAAGAGCAGCGGUGGCGCUGCUGCAACCAACGGCGGCAACACAGGCAGCGAGGGCGCCAUUCAGGGCGCCGGGUUCAAGGUGGUGCCCGGCCGCAAGCGUGGCAAGAAAUAAUCUAGUCGCUCGAGAUCUGCGUUGACGGUUUGUAUACUUGGCGGCUCAGGGGCAUGCACGGAACACGGUUGGUGAGCUUUUUGCGCCAAAGUACCACCCAAAACAUCUGUCUCCUCUCGUCACUACCGCUUGAUACACCGUCAUGCUAGCAAUAGAGCUUCGAGUUCUCACGUCCUGCCCUGUAACCCUGUCGGUUUUGACAUAUGUAGCAAGCAAGUUUUUGUCAUAACAUCAUCUGAGGAGCCCGCUAUCAUGAUUCACUGUGCGUUUGGAUCCCUUGUCUACCCAGGUACGUAGCUGGUGUUGUGCUUCUGGAGCAGCACGGAACGAAGAGAAUGCUCUCGAUAGAAAAAAAAAAGGAAAGAAAUAGCAGCGAGCGGUUUGAGAAAUUAGAAGCGUGUAUAAGCUGGCUGUGAAGUAGCCUGCUGGGCGCUUACGCUCCCACACAGGAAUUACUCUAGUGGGCUGUGGCGCAUUAAUUGGAGGCAUGGUCUUGGCUUGAGAA